AUGUGUACGCGCACUAACCCCCCAAAUCCUCCAAACCCCACCCCCAAAUCCCUACACCCCACCCCCAAAUCCCUCAAACCCCACCCCCAAAUCCCUCAAACCCCACCCCCAAAUCCCUCAAACCUCACCCCCAAAUUCCCCAUACCCCACCCCCAAUCCCCCAUACCCCACCCCCAAAUCCCUCAAACCCCACCCCCAAAUCCCUCAAACACCACCCUCAAAUCCCUCAAACCCCACCCCCAAAUCCCCCAAACCCCACCCUCAAAUCCUUCAAACCCCACCCUCAAAUCCCUCAAACCCCACCCCCAAAUCCCCCAUCCCCCACCCCCAAAACCCCCAUACCCACCCCCAAAUCCCUCAAACCCCACCCCCAAAUCCCUCAAACCCCACCCCCAAAUCCCUCAAACCCCACCCCCAAAUUCCCCAUACCCCACCCCAAAUCCCCCAUACCCCACCCCCAAAUCCCUCAAACCCCACCCCCAAAUCCCUCAAACCCCACCCCCAAAUCCCUCAAACCCCACCCUCAAAUCCCCCAAACCCCACCCCCAAAUCCUUCAAACCCCACCCCCAAAUCCCUCAAACCCCACCCCCAAAUUCCCCAUACCCCACCCCAAAUCCCCCAUACCCCACCCCCAAAUCCCUCAAACCCCACCCUCAAAUCCCUCAUACCCCAUCCCCAAAUCCCUCAAACCCCACCUCCAAAUCCCUCAAACCCCACCCCCAAUCCCUCAAACCCCACCUCCAAAUCCCCCAAAUCCCCCAAACCCCACCCCCAAAUCCGCCAAAUCCCUCAAACCCCACCCUCAAAUCCCUCAUACCCCACCGCCAAAUCCCUCAAACCCCACCUCCAAAUCCCUCAAACCCCACCCUAAAAUCCGCCAAAUCCCUCAAACCCCACCCCCAAUCUCUCAAACCCCACCCCCAAAUCCCUCAAACCCCACCUCCAAAUCCCUCAAACCCCACCCCCAAUCUCUCAAACCCCACCCUCAAAUCCCUCAAACCCCACCCCCAAAUCCCCCAAACCCCACCCCCAAAUCCCUCAAACCCCACCUCCAAAUCCCUCAAACCCCACCCCCAAUCUCUCAAACCCCACCCUCAAAUCCCUCAAACCCCACCCCCAAAUCCCCCAAACCCCACCCCCAAAUCCACCAAAUCCCUCAAACCCCACCCUCAAAUCCCUCAUACCCCACCCCCAAAUACCUCAAACCCCACCCCCAAUCUCUCAAACCCCACCCCCAAAUCCCUCAAACCCCACCUCCAAAUCCCUCAAACCCCACCCUAAAAUCCCUCAAAUCCCUCAAACCCCACCCCCAAAUCCCCCAAACCCCACCCUCAAAUCCCUCAAACCCCACCCCCAAAUCCCCAAACCCCACCCUCAAAUCCCCCAAACCCCACCCUCAAAUCCCUCAAACCCCACCCCCAAAUCCCCCAAACCCCACCCCACUUUUUUACAGUGUGUUCAGGGGACAGCCAGCUAGCGGAUGUGACAAAACAUUUUUGGCCUAA